GAAUAAAACACAAAUGUCUGUCACUGCGUUCUGCUUGAGUGCUUGAUUAUUUGCGUUAAAGUUCAAGUCAAAUUAAUUUAAGAAGUUUCAUUUGAACUUGUUCAACUAUACAUUCUGAGUGUCUUCUAUUUUUCUCAGCAAGAUGAUGUCUCUGGUAGCCUAUGGUAGCAGUGGCGAAAGUGAAAAUGAGAGUGAUAAUGAAAUAGAACAAGUGAAAAAUGAUGAGAAACCCACCGUGUCAAAGCCUAGCAAUGGGAUCAUCGGUAAUAGUGAUGGCCCUUCCUCUCAAGCACUGUCAAGAACUGCACCAGCCUCCGUCCUUCAUUCAAAAUUGGCGUCAUCCGAAACAGAAGGUGUUAGCAAAAAAGUUCAGCUUAGUUCCAAGUUGCCAGCACCUAAGACUGCAGAUGGGGUAGAAAUCGAAGACAUAGAAGCUGGUGAAAGCUUAGCACUUGGAUCAAAACUUCCAGCACCUAAACAUCAUUCUACAUUAUCACUCCUUGAAAGUUCAUUAUUGGCACCCCAGGAUCGGAAGGGUAAAGCUAGAAAAGGGACUGUGAAGAUCAUGAUACCAUCCCUUUCAGAUUUUCCAGAGGAUGAGGAUGAACCAAAAACAAAGAAAAAACUUCUACCAUCGGUUAAAGGAUCAGGACUAUUUGCACUACUGCCACCACCAAAGCAGGCUACCAUAAAGGAGGCAAAACGGUCCUUAGUCCCCAAUGUUCUAACCAGGAAACCCACCCCAGCACCUCCUCCAAAGAAAAUUAUUCCCAAAACAUCUAAGAGAAAGCAGCCAGAUUCUGAUCCAGAAUCUGAUGGGGAAGGAGACCAGGUUGACUUCUUCUCAUUAAACAAAGAGGAUAAACUUCCAGAAAUUCCAGCUGCUGAAAUGAACUUGAUAGCAUCUUCUAGUACCUAUCAUAAUCCAGGUCCCUCUGUUGCGUAUGAAGAUCCCUCUACUUCAUAUCAACAGAGUACUGUGUAUGGAGACUAUCAGUACGAUCAACAGAACCAGCAGAUGGAAACUGAUGCACUUCCCCAGGCUGAUUCUGGCCAAAACUACAUUGGGUUUUCAGGCAGUCAAGAUCUGCAACUUGAUGAUGAGGCUAUUCAAAAACUGUGUGGAAGGAAAGGGCGAAACCGUGAGGAAAUACAGAUUAUGGACGUGUCUAGUAAUGAUAUUAUGCCUGACCAGAGAGAAUGGCUCACCAAGCAGUUGACUGAAGAACAACCAAGACAUAGUAGUAAGAAAGGGAUGUUUGGACCAAGCUCACAACAGAAAAGGAAACACCAAAUCACAUACCUGGCCCAUAUUGCUAAAGAAAAUGAACUGGAGCUUAAGAACCAAUGGGCAAACAAUCGUCAGACUCGCAAACAAACACAGUCCAAGUAUGGAUUUUAGAGAUUUGUACUUUUUUUCUUUUCAUAUAUUUACUUCAAAGUCAACAUUUUGGUGCAUGUACAUAUGUAAAUAUUUAAAUGUUAGUAAAAAGAAUUUGUACUGAAAGAUAA